AAGAUGAUGUUCUUAAAAGCUAUAUUUAUUUUUUGGAGCUUUUUUAUUUGUUUUGCUUCGUGCAUGCCAAUCAAUUAUAAGAAUAAAAGCACAAUCCAUAUUGAAAGCAAAAGGGCAGAAAAAAAUGGUGGCAUAGACAGUCAAUAUGAGUCGGUUUUUCAAACUACAGAAGAAAGUAAAAAAUUACCCGCCAGCAUGAUUGAAACCACCAAAAUGUUACAUGAAUACGAAACAAUUUUGGAUCAAAGACAACCGUUUUUAACGGAACCUCCGAUUAUUUUGCAAGAGUUUUUUGUAUUAAAAGAUAGUCGAGACAUUGAAUCUAUGAAAAAGGUGUUUGACAUUGCGGAUGACAAAGUUUUUAACAAUAGUAAUAAAAAAAUUCUCUUUAAAAAAAUUCAAAAACAAAUAUCACCUCAACUGCGGCGGAGAAAGGAAGAGAUACGCAAAAGUGUCGUACAAGAAGUCGCUAAAAAGAUUUUUCCAUCAAGUUUUCAAAAUGAGAUGCAUAUGGCUGAAAAUUUAAUGAAGUUGUCACCUGUACAAAUAUUUAAUACAGCUCUCUAUUGGGGUGUUAUUACUUCUAAAGCCAAUUCUGAAAAUAAUGAAAAAAUUAAUGACAAACAUAAUAAAGUUUUACCGCCAUCAAGAAGAGUAAUGUUAACCAGAGAAGAUCAAAGGUUUAAGCUUCCAUAUUUUAUGACGUCAUUAGGUAAUGAAGAAAACAAUAUUAACUUUUGGAUUCGCAAAGAAAAUGCAAAGGAGCCUAUAGGGGAUAAUGCAAGCAAGAUUCAAAUAAACAAUACUCUUGGUGAAUAUGAUGCGCAUAUGGUUCUUGAGCAGAAAAACCUUAGCGAAAAAAUAAAUGAAAUUACUCAAACAAGUGAAAAUGUAUUUAAGACUUUCAUCGAUAGUUAAAGUGGUUGAUAAAAAAAUGACUUAAAAUCCGUUCAAUAUUAUGAAAACAUGAAGAAAUACGGUGGAAAUGACAUUUAUUUGCAAUAAACAAAUUUAUAUGUAAUUAUGAAAUUAAUAACACUUUUUAUUAUGAACGACUAUUUGAGUUUAAA